CCGGCCUAAUUUGCGGCCGCUACUGCCGUAUUUCCUAGGCACCUGUGUCUGAGCGGUUUGUGCCUGCUGGUGUCCGCGUCGCUCUCUGGUAGGGGCGUGAAAUUUUGUGGCUACGGCAUUUGGUCUGGAAUGAACGGCGCUCUCGGUGGAGGCCGGGGAGCCGAGCCAGAGCCAUGACGCCCCAGUGCCGAAGGCACUCUGAAAAGCGAGUCUAGUGAAGUCCACAUUUGACGUUGAGAUGCGUUAUCAGAAUUCUACAGUGACCUUAAACAGUUCUUUCUCUAGCGGAAAUUUUAUUUCCAUUAUUCUUGAUUGAACUUGAAUGUGGCCUCAUUUGCCCGGAGAUGCAAAAGACGUUUUCAAAGGGAGGGAAAUCAUUCUUUUCACUGCUGUAAAGGCCAGUACAGUGGUAGCAGUUGGACUGACCAUUGCUGCUGCAGGAUUUGCAGGCCGUUAUGUUUUGCAAGCCAUGAAACAUAUGGAGCCUCAAGUAAAACAAGUUUUUCAAAGUCUACCAAAAUCUGCUUUCAGUGGUGGCUAUUAUAGAGGUGGGUUUGAACCUAAAAUGACAAAACGAGAAGCAGCAUUAAUACUAGGCGUAAGCCCUACUGCCAAUAAAGGAAAAAUAAGAGAUGCCCAUAGACGAAUUAUGCUUUUAAAUCACCCAGACAAGGGAGGAUCUCCUUAUAUAGCAGCCAAAAUCAAUGAAGCUAAAGAUUUACUAGAAGGUCAAGCUAAAAAAUGAAGUAAAUGUGUGAAUUUUAAGUUCUUGUUAGUUUAUGUAUAUGCGUGCUAGCUUUUUAUAAUAAAAGGCCUCAAAGCUACAAAUUUUAAAAAUGAUUUAGCACAAGCUAAACCAAAGCUUGGGUAUAAGUUUCUUUGAAUUUGAGGAUUUUAAAUCAGGUGAUAAAAUAUUUGGAGAUUUAACACUCAGUAAUUAUGGAUAAAUGCAUACCAUCUGAAUAGAAAUAUUUUUCAUUAUUCAUUUAGCAAGUAAUUUCUUACCCACUUCAAGGCAAAAUGAAUGUGACAGUCUGACUUUGAAAGGGCUCCCAAUCUAAUGGGAUGCUGAUAAACUGGUAAUUAAAAUACAGCAGGGAUAGGGGCACGUGGAUGGCUCAGUCUGUUAAGCAUCUGACUUCAGCUCAGGUCAUGAUCUCACAGCUGUGAGAUCAAGCCCCACAUAGGACUCUGCACUGGGCAUGAAGCCUGCUUAAGAUUCUCUCUCUCCCUCCCUCUCCCAGGCUCACACACGUGCACACACGCAUUCUCAAAAAACAAAAACAGUGGGAUAUUAGGAUGGCAUGAAUUCAUACAGGUUAUAGGAGGGAUUCAUCUUCUUGUGAGAAAAGGCUGUUCACAGUUCAGAAAACUGACCCCACUGCUUGUAACCUUAAAUUUUAAAAAUGAAUUUAGGUACAUCUUUGACCUAAGAAAUAUAUCUAACUAUAGUAUUGACAAUUUAGAUUUCAUACAUUAAAAACUAUACCACUGUAAGAUGUUAGAGUAUAGGUCUUGUUUUUAAUCAAGAAAAUAAUUACAUUGUAUUGAACUAGCCACUUAAAGAAAUGGAAUAUAUAUAUAUAUAUAUAUAUAUAUAUAUAUAUAUAUAUAUACACACACACAUAUAUUUGCAUAAUAAAGUUUUGCAUUUGCUAUAACCAAGGUUAACCAUAAUUAGUAAAACUGAAAUUAAAUGCUCUCAGUUAUCAAAAUACUCAGCUUGGACUACUGGAGAAUUUAUACUCCUAUUUAAAUGAUAUUUGAGGGUAAAAUGGCUAUUGGCCUAAACCUAAAACCUAGGGAUCUUAACCACAAGACCUGUAUAAAACAUAUGAAGUAAAUAAGUAGUCUGUGGCCACCACUGGAAAUACUAUCUUUAGCUCUAAAAUGGUAAUUUAUACUAUCAUCUAAACCUUUAAGUCAUCUUAAAGUUCCUAAUUGUCAAUGGAGAGCACAAGACCUUCAAGGUCAAAAUUGUGGAAGGCAAUCAUAUUUAGUGUUGGAAUGUGUUUACCUGCGCUUCAGAGUUGGGUUAGACCUGCCCUAGGUUUAUUUCCCAUCCUGUUUCCUUGUUUAAAAUCUGAUCGAGUCCACUUGUUAAGAUUUAGAGUAUGAGAAAGCACCAGUUUACAGCAGCCAUGGGUGUUACAUAUGAGAAGUCUUUUUUAGUAAAGAGGUAUGAAGGUAGUUUGUGAUUCAAAGUAGUUAUGUUCUAGAAGUUACUGAAACACUGAAUUUAACAAACACCGAACCAUUUGUUCAUACCUCUGAACUUCUGGGUCCCAUUUUUAUCAACCAGUCAAUAUAUAACCUUGUUUUAUGUGUGCUUCUAUUUAAAGACAUCUUAUUCAUGUUGUUGAUUCAUUAACAUUAAACUUGUAGUCAACAA